UGGUAAUUGGACAAGAAGUGUACAUGGCUGUAUAUCAUAGGAUAUCUUCGCUUGUGUUCUCCAUUGUCAGCCCGCUAAGCAUAACGGGCAAACGUUAUAUAAUACAUCGUCACAUUGUCAGACUUUGCUUCGUGAUAUUAAAAUAGAGUUGGACUUCUUUGCCGCUGUUUGAUUUGAAAAAAACUUUGCGACAAGGUGGUCUAGUGCAAAAAUGUCGGCAACGAUUAUAAGAAAUCACGAAAAAACACCUCUUGUGACAAAUAGUACGUUCAAAAUUCCUCCAAUUGACGUUACAUUGACAAAUUUUACCAUUCAAGAGACACAGGAAGAUAACGAUGAUGAGCGGAGUCAAAAUACUCCUGCUCCCUUUUCUGAAGCACCUUGCUCCACAUACGGACAUAACAGAAAAUUGUCCGAAUCAGCAUCUUUGAAAACAAAAAGAGCAAAACAAAAGCUGGUCAUUGCAUCAACAUUGUGUUUAUUUUUUCUUGUUGCUGAAUGUGUUGGAGGUGUAAUGGCCAACAGCUUGGCUAUUAUAACAGAUGCUGCACAUCUCUUGUCAGACUUCGCAAGCUUCCUAAUUUCAUUAUUAGCAAUUUGGUUUGCAACUCGACCUUCUACGUCUAAACUAUCCUAUGGCUGGCAUAGAGCUGAAGUAAUGGGAGCACUCUUGUCUGUGUUGAUUAUUUGGGUAUUGACGGGAGUUCUUGUUUAUGAAGCAAUCAAACGAGUCAUCAAUGGUAAUCACAAGGUUAACGCUAACAUAAUGUUGAUCAUUGCUGGCGUUGGUGUUGGUGUCAAUAUUUUGAUGGGUCUAGUAUUGGGUCAUAAUCAUUCUCACGGAGCGAGCUCUACGGGUUCACAUGGACAUUCGCAUGGCAAGAGGAAACUCUCUUCAACUCCCAGUGUGAAGAAACAUGCUGAAGACGAAAACGUGAAUGUUCAAGCUGCAUUCGUUCAUGUUAUUGGUGAUUUGCUGCAGAGCUUAGGCGUUCUUGUCGCUGCCAUAAUAAUCAAAUUUAAACCGAACUGGUCAAUUGCCGAUCCAAUUUGUACAUUUGUGUUUUCUGUUAUUGUUCUUUUUACGACUAUCACAAUUCUUAGGGAUGCUUUACUGGUGUUGAUGGAAGGAACACCAAAAGGCAUCGACUUAGAUGAAAUCAAAGAAAGAAUGAGAAAGAUUAAUGGUGUAACUGCAAUUCAUGAUUUACAUGUAUGGUCUUUGACUGUGGGUACCUUAGCACUUUCAGCCCAUUUGGAUAUAGUGCUUUUCUUAUGUUUGCUUUUGCAGAAGACGAAAAUGAAUCGCAAAGAAUUCUUUUUGAAGCAACUCAACUUGUUGACACUGUCUAUCAUAUUCCACAUUCAACAAUUCAGAUCGAAAAAUUUGACGAAAUAUGUAACUCGUAAAAUGUAAACAUUACCCUCCUUUACAUUAUCGUAUCAGGAUGGGUUAGUUUUAAAUUAAUUUUUUGCUAGAAACGAUCAUAAAUAAAGUUUUUGCUAGAAAUGAUCUUAAAUAAAGUUUUUGCUAAAGUAUCGUCCAGGUUAGUGCAGAAAUAAGGAGAACUGUUGGUUUUGGUUUUGACUGACAUAAUAAAGUUGGCACACCAUUAUCUGCACUCCAGUAAAAGUCAACUUCACUCGUUAUUUACGUAGUUGACUCAGAUGAUGAAUACCGUUAAGGAUGUCAAAACGUCAGUUCAACACCAACCUUCUCAGUCCUUCUCAUACUAACCUGGAUGAGCAACAUCUACCAACAUUAAAGUUAUAAAAACAUGUAAAA